CUCAUCAUCACACAAGAUUGCGUACGUAAUCGGAUCAGCUCGCCUGACAACGUUGUCCGUCCAUAUCGAACCUACUCUUCAUCAUACAUACCCUUGUCUCCUAUACCAUCGCCAGUUCCAUUCCACCUACGAAACAUGUUCAGCUUGAUCGAUCAAAUGCAUCAAGAACAAAUCCGAAUCAACAAGGUCGAGGAGACGUUGAAGCAGUUGAGAGCCGCCAACCAGCGAAUCCGAACCAAUCAUCCCGACGAUGAGGUCCACAUCGAUUCUGCUCCUAAGCGUAGGAGAGUCGAAGAAGACGGUGAAUGGGUCCUUGCCGACCGAGCCCCUACGCCCAUGGCCAUCCCCGCACCUCCCGCCCCCGAACACCCCGCCCCCGUUGUCGAGAGCCCCUUGCUUUCUCCUCCCGACAGCCCGUUUUACACUCCGGCCAGUCCCCAGUUCUCGCCCGACACUCCCGACUAUCAGUAUCGGCCUAUCCGCAACUCGACUCCCUUCAACCCUCCCGACAUCCCCUCCCACUCUCCCUUUGGCGGGAACGCUACCAUCUACCGGUCUUUCAGCCCCGAUACCGGUUCUGAGAACGCUAACGACAAUCACCGCUACACCCCCAUGGAAACUCCAUCCGGAAAUCCCCACUACUACUAUUACCCUCGAUCCGCUCCCGGUCCUGGCGCUGGCCCCGACCAUUACACUGGACUCGGCUCUCACCUUGCGCCUGGUCCUGGAGCUGGCCGGGAAGACGAUCUUCUCCCUCGAAUCCAUCGCCCCCUCGGUAGUGCUCGUCCCAAAGCUGCUGCCCGAGCCUCUCACGCCGCUCCUCUGACCGGCGCUGGUGCUGGCACUCAUAUCAAUGCCGUUUCCGCCGCUGCUACCGCCCCCGGUAUCGAAGCGAGUGGACGAGCCAGCGACCCCAUCGAUAUCCGCUCGCCCGUCGAGAUCGAUCAUCAUCUCGCUAGGACCAUGCGAGCGGGUCAUACCCCUGGUCCCAGGCUUGCCCCGAUCAACUUCGGUAACCAAGGUCGAAUCCAAGGAGGAAGGCUCUCCCCGUUCGUCUUCGGUGGCAACGGCCCGAUCGUCCACCAGCAGCACCAAGAACAACCUAGGCCUGCCCCUUUCAUUUUCGGUGGCAACAUCCCCGCCAACCGAAACCAUGAAGAAGAACAAGGACAUGAACAAGCCAGACCCGUCCAGUUCGACUUCGCGGUCAGGGCCCAUGAUCACGAGCAGGCCAGGGUCCUUCAAGCCGACAGGCUCCAGCACGAGAAGGACAUGGUGGCUAUUCGCUUCAAGUACGAGAGAAAACUUGUCGCCGAUAGGCACUUGCACGAGAGAAGGAUGCUCAAGGACAGACAUGAUCAUGAACUCCGAAAGCUGGAGCUCGUCAACCAGGUCUUCCAGAACGAGCACGACUAA